AUGGCUCCUGAAAUCGGCAAGCCUGUGUUUCCAUCCACACCCACAUCCCCAGAAUUAUCUCCAGACACAAGAGACUCUCCCACGCCGUCAAAACCCUCCCUCUACCACCACAGCCUCGUGACCUCCGACUUUGACGCCCUGCGCUUCCACGCCGCCGCCGCCCUGCAACUCCAGUAUCCCUCCACAUCCACCUCCACCACCCCCAUCCAACAAUCCCUCCCCUCGAGCACACACCUCAUCGCCUCGCCCUACAACUCCCCCCCUCACCUCCUCGACCUCACCACCCUCGACACCCCCAACCGCCUCCUCGCCCUCGCCCUCUCCAUCCUGAAACCCGUGCGCGACGACUACGCCACCGCCCCCUACGCCGACGCCCUGAACUGGCCCGCCGUGUUCUCGUUCCUGCGCGACCUCGCCGCCCACGAGGGGUUCCACUGGCCGAAAUCGCACUUCUACGUCGUGGUCUUUCGGUCGCGUCUCCAGGACGGCAUCGAUCAUCAAAGAUUGCAUGAUCUGGACGCCUACUCGCAUCAGGAAGCGACUGUUUCCGGGGGGCUGUUGAAGUACUGGUUCGGGGCGAAGAAUGAGCGCAGGGAGAAUUUGGCGACUUGCCUCUGGCGUACGCGACAAGAUGCGAGAGCCGGUGGCACCGGGCCCUGGCAUAAGAAGGCCCGCGGGGCGGCGCGGGACAUGUAUGAGCAGAUCACGUUUACGACGCUGAAGUUGGAGGUCGGGGAGGGGGUGACGUCGUGGGGGUUUGGGGAUUGGACGGAGGAGGAUGAAUAG